AUGGUGUUUACUGCUGUCUGUGUAGGGAUAACUCUUAAGCAAGGAUACAACACAGCGUGCAAGUUUGCUGGAACACCAAUGUCAACUCAGAUGAAUGAAAUCCCACUGCAAGAAGCUGCACCAGACCUAAAGCUUUCUAUCUGCAAGAAAUUGAAUAUAAAGUCAGAAUUAGAAGAAUCACUGGGACCAAAUGUUAGCUUGCCCUGCCCAAAUGUACACAAGGAGAAUACUUGUAAAACUGCUGAACCAUUUAAUGCAACCUCUCUUGAAUCCUUUCUAGUUCAGUCCGGUAGGUUCUGGAAUAUUUCAGAACUUCUGGAAGGAUUUGAUGGGAUACAAUUAGAGGGUUCUUCAUGGAUUUCACAGAUUGAGAAUUCAUCAUUUGAAUCAGGGUUCAGGUAAAAUAGAAUCUGAUUAGGAUCAAACUUAUGUAUAUAUAUCUGUUAGCUAUAGUAGGAAGAACGAUCAUUUAAUGCAGGAUCAUAACACUGUACAGUUUACUAAUAUCAUGUACAAAAAAGAUAUAAUCCA